AUGGGCCUAUCGCCCAACGAUGAGCAUCGCCCUGGUGUAGACGAAGCUCUCAAUGAUUGCCCCUCGCCGGGCCGUGACUCGACGGGCGAUCUGAUGCGGCAGGACUCGCAGCCCCCGCCGCCAAAGAACAAGCAUGAGCGCCUCCCGCCUUUGCGACGGCUCUACAGUAUUGAAAGAGCACUAGUCGCUCUCUACGCUGCGCUGCCUGCAAGGCAGGCAACUAUCCUUACUAGCCUUCCAAUCUAG